GAAUCUUCUCUUUCUCUCUUUUUUUAUUAUAAAGUACAAAUAAAAUUAUACCAAGUCUUUUAUGUUAUUAUUAUUACUUUCUGUUUUCCAAGCCUACAAGUGCAAAUUCCUGAGCUGAAACUACCACUUGCCAACAACUACUGUGUUUAUCAACAUGUGUGUCCAAGAGGGUGAUGAACAAGUUGAUCAAGAAAUUGAUAACAAAAAGAUGUCAUCAUGGUCUUUGCAUUGUGAUCUUUUGCAUGCCCAGAUGGAUAAUACAGAAAAAGACUCUUCUUUUAGAAUUUCCAGUGACAAAAUCACUCUUACUAAUUCAUUUCCUUUGGAAAGCAUUUGUGAGGAUGCUGAGAUUGCAGAGAAAAAACAGAACCUGAUAAAUUUUGUCCCUAAUCUUCGGUCCGGAGAGUGGUCUGAUAUCGGAGGUCGAUCAUACAUGGAGGAUACUCACAUAUGCAUUGGAGACUUGGCAAAGAAAUUUGGUUAUAAUGUUGUCAAUGAAGAAGCUAUUUCCUUUUAUGGUGUAUUUGAUGGACAUGGAGGAAAGAGCGCUGCGCAAUUUGUUCGUGAUCAUCUGCCGAGGGUGAUUGUUGAAGAUGCUGACUUCCCUCUGGAACUUGAGAAGGUGGUCACAAGGUCAUUUUUGGAGACUGAUUCAGAGUUUGCAAAAACAUGCUCUAUUGAGUCUUCUUUAUCUUCUGGUACAACUGCAUUAACUGCAAUCAUAUUUGGAAGGUCUUUACUUGUGGCCAAUGCUGGGGACUGUCGUGCUAUUUUGUCCCGAGCUGGAGGGGCUAUAGAAAUGUCCAAAGAUCACAGGCCCUUAUGCAUCAAAGAAAGGAAGAGAAUUGAGUCGCUUGGCGGAUUUGUUGAUGAUGGUUACUUGAAUGGUCAGUUAGGCGUCACGCGUGCUCUAGGUGAUUGGCAUCUUGAAGGAAUGAAGGAAAUUAGCGGAAGAAGCGGACCGUUGAGUGCUGAGCCAGAACUUAAAUUAAUGACAUUGACAAAAGAAGACGAAUUCUUGAUAAUUGGAAGUGAUGGAAUAUGGGAUGUUUUUCGUAGCCAAAAUGCUAUAGAUUUUGCUAGGAGGAGGCUUCAAGAGCAUAAUGAUGUGAAACAAUGUUGCAAGGAAAUAAUAGGAGAAGCAAUAAAGAGAGGAGCAACAGAUAAUUUAACUGUUGUGAUGAUAUGUUUUCAAUCAGAUCCACCACCACCUUUGGUUGUAGAAAGGCCUAGAGUUAGAAGAAGCAUAUCUGCUGAAGGACUUCAGAAUCUUAAAUGCCUUCUAGAAGGAUAGUAUUCUUCUCUGCAAUACCUUUUUUUUGGUGAGCUGAGAUUAUGUACAUAAGUUCAUCUAUGCAUUUCUGGUGAGGUAGAGAAAGUUACACACUGAUGUGCCAAAUUAAAAAUAAAACUAAAACUAUCGUAUGAUUGUUUUUCCCAUUUUUUGUGGGAAAGAGAGACGUGAAUUAUGUAUAUUGUGGACAGUGUGAUUGAAGCACACGAUAAUUUAAUAUUGUACUUUGUUUUAAUCUUAUUGAAGACCCCUCAGGAGUCAACCAAGUUACUGUAAAUGGAAUCCAUACAGGUAGUUUUCUUGUAAUAUGUUGUUAUUGCA